GGUGUGGUUUCAGAAUCGCCGGGCAAAUGGAGAAAACGAGAACGCUUUGGUCAAAUGCAGCAGGUUCGGACACACUUCUCAACAGCCUAUGAGCUUCCUCUUCUUACACGGCCAGAAAACUAUGCACAGAUUCAGAACCCGUCUUGGCUAAGCGGCAGCAGUUCGGCCUCUCCAGUGCCAGGCUGUGUGGUACCUUGUGAUACUGUUUCUUCCUGCAUGACUCCUCAUCCUCACUCUGCCAGCGGCGUGUCUGAUUUCCUCGGUAUGCCAAGUCCAGGUGGCAGCAUGGCGCAGACACACAUGGGCAGUCUUUUUGGGAGCUCAGGAGUAGGUGGAACCAUUAACGGUUAUGAUCUCAGCGUCGAGCCCGAUCGCAAAUCCUCCAGCAUCGCCAGCCUGCGCAUGAAGGCGAAGGAGCACAGCGCCGCCAUCUCUUGGGCAACAUGAUGCCUUCAUCUGGGAAACAGAAGAACCAGAUAACCUCAGCCCCAAGCCGUCAGCACUAAUGAGGUGAAAGUUUAUGGCAUCUGGAGCCAAUAUGGACAUGAGAAAUGGAGGCUGGAAGCUUUAAAACACUUGUAGGAGAUUUAAUAUUAAGGUUCUGUAAAGGAAGUGGAUUGUGCAGUGGGACAUUGUGCUAGAAUAAGAGGAAACUGAUGGGCCAGUUUGAACAGAGAGAUGUUUGGUUAAAAUAACUUUUUAUGUAACAUUAAAAAAAAAAAAUCUAUAUGCACUAUUUUCCCCUAUUAUUCAUAGACAUUUGCACUGCCAUUUAAAGAAAAACAAGGUUGCAUUUAUUUAAUCAAAAGAAUACAAACAUUGAAGCUUUAUAAAUAUAUCCAAUGGAUCCUUGGUUAAUACAGAUCUUGACCUGUAGUAGUGACCUUUACUGACCCCAAAUGGUAGAUAUCCUAAAGAAGAAUAUAUUCUAGGGCUGCACGAUAUUGGAAAAAUUUGAUAUUGUGAUUUUUUAUUGUUCUGCGAUAAAUAAUGCGAUAUGAAAAUCUGAUGCUUUAGAAAAUAGCACUAAAUAAAUAGCACUAUUUGACAGCUUUCUGGGGAGUAAUUGAGCAAAUGAAUGAUCACAAUACAACAAUAAAUACUUGUCUUACUU